AAUUCCAACUUUAUUUCUCGUUCACAUUUAGCAAUUCGACACACCUAUAAAUAUAGCGUCGUGUGUCAUUGAGAAUUUACACACGAAAGUUAGUUCAAAGCAGAUAUGGAGAAACAGAGCACUUCUUCUUCAUCAUCAUCAUCUUCUUCUUGGAUUCGAGGUUCUUGUAUUGGAAGAGGAUGUUUUGGAACCGUAAGCAAAGCCGUGAGCAAAAUCGACGGUGGAGUUUUCGCCGUGAAGUCAGUAGAUCUCGCCACGUGUCUCCCUUCUCAAUCCGAGUCGCUGGAGAACGAAAUCGCGAUCCUCGGCUCUCUCAAGACUCACCCGCAUAUCGUGAGGUUCCUCGGCGAUGACGUGUCUAACGAAGGAACGACGUCGUUUAGGAAUCUCCACUUGGAGUAUUUACCCGAAGGUGACGUGGCUAACGGUGGUAAAAUCGUUAACGAGGAAACAGUCGGGCGUUACGUUUGGUGUCUCGUCUCUGCUCUCGGUCACAUUCACGCUAACGGAAUCGUUCACUGCGACGUGAAGUCGAAGAACGUUCUCGUCGCUAACGGCGGAAGCUCCGUUAAGCUGGCGGACUUCGGCUCGGCGAUGGAGUUGGAGAAACCGACGGCGGAGAAGAUUGCGCCGCGUGGAAGUCCGCUCUGGAUGGCUCCGGAGGUGGUGAGCAGAGAGUAUCAAGGACCGGAGAGUGACGUUUGGUCUCUUGGCUGUACGGUCAUCGAGAUGCUCACCGGAAAGCCAGCGUGGGAAGAUCACGGUUUCGACUCGCUGAGUCGAAUCGGGUUUUCAAACGAGUUGCCGUUUAUUCCGGCGGGUGUUUCGGAGCUCUGUCGCGACUUCUUGGACAAAUGCUUGAGGCGAGACAGGAGUCAGAGAUGGAGUUGCGAUCAGCUUCUCGAGCAUCCGUUUCUAUGUCAAGACCAUCAUCACUCCUUGUUCACUACCGAGUCGUCUCCGCGUUGCGUAUUGGACUGGGUCAACUCGGAGUUCGAGGAGGAGGAAGAGAUCGAUGAGUUGAGAGUUGAAUCUAUGGUCUCAGCGAUGGCAAGGAUAAGUAAACUAGCGACGAUCGGAGGAGAGGCAAUUUGGGAAUCUAAUGGUUGGACUGAGGUUAGAGGCAAUGCUUCCGAAGAGUCAGGGGCACAAUGGGAAUAUUUGAGUUCAUUAAGGGUAGAAUCGGAAUUAAAUAUGUCACCGGAGUCUACCGAGUCGGGUACACGGACGGUGAAUGAAGACUCGGAGUUGACGUCGGUGAUAACGUGUGAAAUAUUGUUGUUGAUGGUGUUAUUGGUGGUAGAGAAUAUUCAGAUAUAUGCCACGUUUUACACCGAUGUUUUUAUUCGUACUCUGUAUAGUUGUUAUCAUCAUCAAAAUAAUAAUAAGACGAAGUUGCGCAAAAAUCUAUCGUUCGUUCUCAGCCUUAACUUUUUGUUCGGUAUUGCAUGUGAUUCGGAUCGGUCUAUCUAUCUCAUAAAAACUCUUUUACGUGGUGCGAUGAGUGUCCUAACUCUCAACUGUUACUUCCUUUUGUUGAUAACUCUCACUUGCACAACUCAAUCUUGGUUUGGUAGCUUCUUGACCAAAUAUUUUUUAUAGGUCACAAGAGAUGAACUAAGACCACGAAAUUAGUAAUGAUUAAUUAGGCCUAAUUGUUAUGAGGGGUUACCAUGAAAUUUGUCAGCAUAACGUUAAUGUUGUUGUUGGUAUAAAUAAAGUUGUUAGGUCAAAUAGUCGAUGUGAGCUAUAAACUUUGAUCAGUUUAGAAAAAAUAAAAAUAAAACAGGCAAUAAACAAGGAGAUAACGAGAGAAUGGAAGAUGACUAUGAUGAAGUGGUGGGCAAUGCUGGCUUACCACAACUCCACAAGUUUUCAAUAAUGAGAAAGGUAUCAACAUAAACUAUACGCUAAAUGUUAAAGAAUAUUCCAUUCUCUUCAGAGCUUAUCUAUACUCAAAACAUUUCCUUUUUUUUCUUCUUAUUGCUACGAUUUUAUUGGAUAAUCGUACUAAUUAAGAUAGUUGGCUAUCCCGCACGAAUACUAGAUAUUUUAAUUUAUGACGAUUGUAUAGCAAUCAUUUGUGUGGUUUACGCCAUGGCCAUGGACCGGACCGGACCUGACUCAAUGUUCAAUAGUUUUAGAUUAAUUAAAUAUUAUACUUUAUACAUAGCCAACUUAGCCAAUAAGGUGGCUACUGUAGUCAAGUUUCAGCAAUAUGACCAAUAACAGAUGUAUAACCCAGAUCAGAUACUUUUUGCUGAAAAACUCUACACUAGACAUUCUUGAAAUCCUAUAAAAUUCUAAAAGAUGUGUGAACAAAAGACAAGGCAAAUAAUAGUAAAAUCCAAUAAGAGAUUUAAGAGAAAACAUAAUAGUAAGAGUGUAAGAGCAUAAUUAAUCCUAAAACCGUUCACAGUUUCUUAGGCAAUUUUUUUUUUGUCUAAAAGAAUAAAAAUAAGUUUAAAAGCGAACCAACCGCGGCCACCACAUAUCGGUAGGGUCCGCGAACAGUGUAAAAAACCCUCCACAAUCGAUCCUUAUUUUGUUGUUUCUGUCACCGGUUUCAAAAUUUUUGAUGGGGUCUAUGCACUAAUUUGUUUUAAGAAACCCCAUUAACUACCGCGAUAAUCAUGGUCUAAGACAGUAAGACCUAAUAAAAAAAGUUUGAUAGUUCUUUUAAGUGAAAGAUAUUUUUGAAGCGAACGCUAAAAGAAAUAAAAGUUUUUGAAGAACAAAACUUCACUUUGAAAAUAGAUAAAAUGUGUAUAUAAGUUUUACUAGAUUAAUAGAUUGUGUUUCUAUACCUCUCAAAAAAAUUCUUUAAAAAACUAGAUUUAUGAUUAGUUGCCGAUCAACUUUGUUGGCUUGAACAACACCAGAGCCAAUUCUUUCACUUUUGUACUUGUAAUUUUUUUUCUUACUUCUACAUCUUUUCUCUAUCUCUUAGCAUAUUUGAAACUUUUGCUAUGAUUUAUUCUCAGAUUUGUGGAUUUAGCUUUUGUCGACGUGACAACUUCUGUUUGGUAUUUGAUCUUGUAUAGUUUUGUUUGUUUGCUUUGGCAUUUGUGUUUCAUUUGUUCUGUUUUUCCUUUUUUGUUAUUUGCUUGUUGAUUUUAGAGUUUGUCUUAGUUUGUCUUUAUCUCAGCAACGUCGAAGCAAUGACUUGGUGGUCUGUGGGUUUGGUUUCUAGAGAUUCUAUGUAUUUCACGGUCCUUUGAUAUUUUGAUCGUGUAUUCUAUCUAUCCAGUGUUACUAAUGAAAACCCGAUGAUGAAAAGGUCUACUCAUACAAGUUCAAGAUCAGUCUGAAUCAAGUAUCAAAGAUUCUGAAGCCAAACAGAGAAGUAUGAUAUUGUCUUUUCUUUUGAUCAAGCACUUAUUCUCGAGUUUCAUUAGCAAGAGGCUUGAAUCAAACGAGCAUCCGGUUUUCUAUUCGAAGCAGGCUUAUCGAACGAACCAUCCGGUUUAAUAUUUGACCCACUUGGUUUAAGUCUGGAUUACGUUUAGCAGUUCAGCUUAUUUUUUUCGCCAGAUCUAUUUUUUUAAUCAGCUUAUAAAAACUUUAGAAAGAAAAAAAAAAUCCAGAUUGCUCUCCACACAAGCAUUUUUUUUCUCCGUCGAUCAACAGUGCGUUCAGACUGCAAAGCAUCUAUGGAAAAAGUUCAAAGAAGUUGCCAAAUUUGAAGAAGCGAAAGAAGAGAGCAAAGACGCCUCUCAGGCCGCUGGUCUGCUUGAGAAGUUAACAGUGGAAGAGAAGGAGGAGAAACCAGUGGAGAAGGUAGCAUCAGCAGAGGCAGAGAAAGCUGUUGAAGAAAAGAAAACUAAGGAGUCUGUGCCCUCAGCUUAAGAUACAUAUGCAUAGAAUGUUAGAAAUACACAAGACAACGCCAGGUACUAUACAGCCUGGUGUGUUUAAAAUCCAUCCAUGACUUGCCUUUCUUUAAAAAAGUUGAUUCUUGUUUUAUCAGUGUCAUCAUAUUUACUUGCUGAGCCGUGUUGAGUCCAUAUGUUAGCGUAACAAGAGUAUCUAUCACAUGUGACAUUCGCAUAUGAGAGGAGAUUUUCGGGGUUGUUUUGGGAUUCGUCAUCUAAAAGUAUAUAUCCCUUCGUUUUUUUUCUGGAAACAGUGUGCAGUCAGAACAUGCUCCAUUUUUAUUCUACAAAAUAUAUGCAUUGGAUUGCGCUUUU